UGCGACCCCACCCCCAUGACCACCACCUGCCCCUGCGCCUAGAUCUAACGAAUCUGCGCCCACGAGGCCAGCCCGUCUCCGGCGCAGGCGCAGGCGCAGCACCCGCUCAGCUGGCGGCUCCAUUCAGCUUGGCUCCGACGCAUGAAACUCAUCUCGUCUCUCCUCGUAGUUCUACUGCCAUGUCACUUGUUUUUAAUUGCUGAUGUGCCAUCUCCUUUACUGGGAAAGAAACUUCCAUCCUCAAGCCUUACUCCUAGAUUUUCUUUGACUCCCACCAGGCGUGAAGAACAUCACAACAGCAAGAAACCAAGGAAAACCCAACAUAACCUGCCACAUGCCUUCCCAUUUCCAAGCUAGAAAAUAAGAAAACUUUUACGCGGUUGUAGACUACAGGCAGCUAGCUCCAUUCGUCUCUGCAUUGGGCAUCAUCUUGGCUCCAGUUCUUCUCUGCAGUUGCCACCGCAAACACCAGAUUCUGUUACCUUGUACUUGCAAGUGAGAUGUGCGUACCCUUGAGUUUAACGGCAAUCGAUGCCAAAUUGAAGACCUGAAGAACUGCCCCCAACAUUCAGAUGGAUUGAAGGAUGGACUCCAUCUCAGUGUGACACAAGAACAUCCUGUUGGAAGAACAUAUAUACAAAAUAUGGCAGAAUCAAUACUCCUCGCUCUUACAAAAGUGGGUUACUGUUUGGCUGAACAAGCCGGAACCCAGGUGUUAGAAGAAAUAAAGAAGUUGAGAGAGCUCCCAAGUAAGGUUAGAAAAAUUGAAAGAGAGCUGCGGAUGAUGAAAAGCAGCAUACGGCAGAUUGAUAGUAGGAUUGAUGCUGAAGACCUCCACAGUGAAUGGAUUGUGGAAGUGCGCAAGCUGGCCUACCGUGUCGAAGACAUCAUGGAUAAUUUCACCUAUCAUGCUCUUCAGCUAGAGGGAGAAUCGUUCGUGUUAAGACAGGCUAAGAAACUUCACUACAGUAAGGUUUUUAGAAGCAUUGCUUCUGACAUAACACAGAUAGAGGAGGACAUACAACAUGUUGUGAGCCUGAGAGAGCGGUACAUACAAUUUGACUAUAGUAACCAUCAGCAGGCGGCUGCUGAAGCAUUUGUGCCGCAAGUUCGAUUUCCACAGUUUGUUAAUGAUGGGGAACUUGUUGGGAUCAAUUCCUACAGGGAUCAACUGACUGAUUGGCUGCACAACACCACAGAACAAAAUAAGACGGUGAUAACCGUGUCUGGUAUGGGAGGAUUGGGGAAAACUACACUGGUUGCAAAUGUGUAUGAAAGAGCCAAGAGGGAUUUCCAGGCACAUGCUUGGAUAGCCAUGUCCAAGGCGUACACGGUGGACUCCCUACUGAGAACAUUGAUUAGGAAUAUCGGUGACACGGAAGAGCAAACGGGACCUGACAAGGCUACACCAGAACUGAGAUCAAUAUUGAACAAGAAACUGAAGAAACACAAAACAAUUGUGGUAUUGGAUGAUUUGUGGGAGCAACGAACAUUUUUAGAUAUUAAAGAUUCAUUCAAUGAUGUCGGGGAAAGUCGUAUUGUUAUCACGACAAGAUUAGGCGAUGUGGCUUCUCUUGCAAGACCGGAUCGUCGACUUGAACUCAGAUCCCUGGACAACAAAGAUGCAUAUGAUCUCUUCUGCAAACGGGCCUUUGCCAAUAAUGAAAAUAAUCAGUGCCCCGGAGAUCUUGAGAAGCUGGCUAAAGAUAUUGUGCAAAGAUGUCAAGGCUUGCCACUAGCAAUUGUCUCAAUCGGCAUCCUUUUGUCUUCGAGGCCGCAGAUUGCAUCUGUCUGGACCCAAGUAUAUAAUCAGCUCCGUUACCAGCUAGCCAAGGAUGAUGAUGUGCAGGGAAUCAUAAACCUGAGCUAUCAUGACUUACCUGGAGAGCUCCGGAACUGUUUUCUGUACUGCAGUAUGUUUCCGCAAAACUACUAUCUUUCACGGAGAGAUCUUGUUCUGUUAUGGGUUGCAGAGGGAUUUGCAGUGAAAACUGAAGAGAGCACAGCAGAAGAGGUGGCUGAGGGCUAUCUGAUGGAGCUGAUCCUCAGGAAUAUGCUACAACUUGUGGAGAAGGAUGAGCUUGGCAGGGUCAGCAUAUGUAAGAUGCACGACAUAGUGCGGGACCUGGCUAUGUCUAUAGCUAAGAAGGUGAGAUUUGGUACUACAAACGAUUCUGAUGCAAUGACAAUAGUGGAUAGUGGAAUAAUUCGUCGUCUGUCAACCGGAGUAACUAAUGUAAACAAGCAGAUGCGACUACCACAUCUUCGGACCCUAAUGGCACAUGGAAAUGGAAACAGUACACCUGCAUCAUCACCCGGCACAGUAUGGUCAAUUCUGCUUGAAUCCAGGUACCUUGCUGUUCUUGAGCUCCGAGGUUCGAUGAUCACCGCGGUUCCGUCAUCAGUAGGGCAACUUUUUAAUUUAAGGUAUCUUGGCUUAAGGGAUACAAAAAUUAAGUUUCUGCCACAUUCUGUGGAGAAGCUAUCCAACUUGCUAACUCUUGAUGUCAAAUCAACUUACAUAGAAAGAUUGCCACGGGGAAUUGCAAAGGUCAAGAAACUGAGCCACCUAUUUGCUGACUGCUGUGUUGACAAGAGGGAGCUGGUAUUCGAAUGUCUUAGAGGAGUAGCAGCACCCAGAGCACUAUCAACCUUACAAGAUCUGCAAACUUUUGAGACCGUCCAAGCAAGCAAGGAGUUAGCAGCUCAACUAGAGAGACUGGUGAAACUUGAAAGUUUGUCCGUUGAUAACAUAAGAAAUGAUCAAUGCGCAAUGAUCUUUGCUGCUGUGUCAAAGCUACCAUUACUUUCAAGUUUGUCCCUUUCUGCAAGUAAUGAGGAAGAGGAAUUGUCCCUCAAAGAUCUCAUCCCGACAUCGAACAAGCUCCAGAGGCUGAUUGUAAAGGGGAAGUGGACCGCGGGGACGCUUGAAUGCCCAAUAUUUCAGGAUCAUGGAGGAAAUCUCAACUACCUUGAGAUAAGCUGGUCCAAGCUUGGAGAAGAUACAAUGGAGAAACUUUCAUCCCAUCUACAAAACCUAACAUACUUGAGCCUUAAUAAAGUGACUAUAGUGAAUAGUACACAACAUAUUGUCAUUCGUGCAGGAGGGUUUCCAAAUCUUAAGACCCUUCGCUUGAAGGAUAUGCAUGAGGUUUUAUCAUUGGAGAUCGAAAGUGGUGCCAUUCCCAGCAUCGAAGCAUUGUAUCUUCUGUCUAUGACAAAGUUGGGGACGAUCCCUAAAGGUAUUGAUUCCCUUGGUUCCCUCAAGAAGCUCUGGAUGGUUAAUCUUCAUCCAGAUUUUGGAGACCGAUGGAAGAAUCAUGGAUGGCAACAGAAUGUGUCUCGUAUUAAAGAGGUCCGCAUGAUCUAGGGACUUCGCGUUCCCUGCAUGACUAUGUUAUUAUCAUUUACGACAAGAGGAUCGAGUUCGUAUGUCUGCCUUUUACUUCUACUAGAUACUGUUGUCGCUGUCUGGUGCCUUAGCAUUCAAAUAGCCUAAUAAGGAUAAAUUGCCAUCGUGGUACUUGUUGUGGUUUAAUAUUAUUCAUUGUGUGUAUUAUUUGAUAAAGUAAAACAUUAUCCUUCCUUAGAGAAUGGACAAAGAACUGUGUUGGUUUGUAAUAAUGCUGCGCACUGCGCUUGUUUCUAGCUUACUU